AUGUCGCAACAGCCAGAUGAUAAUGUCAUGCGCAGGAAGCUCGUGAUUAUUGGUGAUGGUGCUUGUGGGAAAACCAGUCUCCUCAGUGUCUUUACCCUCGGUUACUUCCCAACACAUUAUGUGCCGACAGUAUUUGAAAACUAUGUGACGGAUUGCCGAGUCGACGGCCGCUCGGUCCAAUUGGCAUUGUGGGAUACGGCAGGACAGGAAGAUUAUGAGCGCUUGAGACCUUUGGCCUACUCGAAAGCCCAUGUCCUUUUGAUUGGUUUCUCGAUGGAUACUCCAGAUUCGUUGGAGAAUGUGAAACACAAGUGGAUCGACGAAGCAAACGAGCGAUGCCCCGGUGUGCCGAUCCUACUGGUAGGAUUGAAGAAGGACCUUCGCGAAGACCCAUUGGCAAUCGAAGAGAUGCGCAAGAAGUCCCUUAAGUUCGUGACCACAAAAGAAGGCAGCGACAUUGCGUCGUCGAUUGGAGCACGCAAAUAUCUCGAAUGCUCCUCUCUGACCGGAGAGGGUGUCGACGAUGUCUUCGAAGCAGCUACCCGUGCUGCGCUUCUCACGUUCGAGAAGCGAAAAAGUUCAUGCUGUGUGAUUAUCUGA